AUGCAUUCGGUGGAUCCAGCAAAGGAGGCUCGGAAGCCAACGGCGACCAGCGAUUAUCCGGAUCAGCUCUCCGACACAACUGUGGCUCUCGCAGCUGCAAAGGUGAUUCCUGACGUUGUCAGCAGAGUCACUGACACCGCUACACUCACCAUCGAGUAUGAUGGGAAGCCAGAGGAGCCGACUAUCACAAUUGCUGGCACUGACACCUACACCCUGGUCAUGGUGGACCCUGACGCCCCCUCUCCGGAUCACCCCAAGUACAGGUUCUUCUUGCACUGGUUGGUGGUCAAUAUCCCAGGAGUUGAUGUGAACCGCGGAGAGGUGGUCACUGCCUACAUGGGCCCGAGCCCUCCAAAAGGGACGCACCGCUAUGUCUUCCUGCUGUACAAGCAGAAUGGCCGGGUGUCUGCCAAGAACCCCCACUCGCGCCAGAACUUCACGCUGCACCAGUUCACGAAGGAGCACAGUUUGGGGGAUCCGGCAGCCGCUGUUUUCUUCUAUAGCGCCCCCGAGGAGUGA